AUGGUGUGUGUAAGACUCCUCGCGUUUUCGUCUGCCCUGUUCUCAGUCGCUGGAUCUUGUAACCAUAUCGCCGAGUUCUAUUCCAUCCUUCAGCAUCGCGUAUCGAACGAGAGCCUCAUCUUCUACCCCUACAACGCCUCGUCGUCUCCGAGCUUAGAAGUGACAAAGAGAUGGGACAUCUUCACAGAGCCCAGUUUCAACGGAGUAAUCAAAGCCGCCACGGAGAAAGACAUUCAGACUGCAGUAAGAUUACAGAUUUUGUUGGCUUCCAAGCAUGGCAUUCCAUUCCUUGCCACUGCAGGCGGCCAUGGAACCUCGGGGACCUUAGGUCGAUUAAACGGCGGUCUGAAUAUUGAUAUUGGUCGGUUCAAUGCUGUGGAGUUUAACCCCGGCGACAACACCAUUACCGUCGGCGGUGCUGCGCACUUCUCUCAGAUUAUCAAUCUGUUGCAUGAUGCUGGCAGAGAGAUGCCGGUGAUAUCCUCCAACUGUGUCGGUGUAGUUGGUGCCACCCUGAACGGCGGAUUGGGUAUCAUGCAGGGCAUUCACGGCCCUCUUCUUGACUCGCUUUUGUCGGUCCGCCUUGUUACAGCUAAGGGUAAUAUAGUAGAAGCUUCGGAGAAGCAGAACCCUGAUUUGUUUUGGGGUAUCCGUGGCGCUGGUUUCAACUUUGGCAUCGUCAUCUCGGCGAAAUACAAAGUGUUUCCCGCUACCAAUGGAGGUCAAGUGACCAAUGCCGAUUUUCUGUAUGUCGCGCCCCAGAACGGCUCGGUCUGGCAGCUGAUGUCAUCGUUCGAUAAAAAUCUCUCUGCUAAGAUGGCACUCACAUUCUUCGUGCUGGUGGACCCAAGCGUUCCCGGUCGCCCUGUCAUCGCUGUGAAUGCAGUCUACUUCGGACCAGAAGAAGAAGCUGCACUCCUCCUCGAGCCCAUGCGAGCUAUCCAGCCGAUCAUGUCCAAUGUGACAACGGUGCCAGCCAACCGUGUACUAGAUGCGCAAUUCUUUGGCCAGACGGCCGGCAACGGUCAGUGUGACUCGGGUAACGUUGUCAACAUCUACAGUCUCGCCUUGAACCAGACGGAUGUGCAAGCGUGGACAUCACAUUUCAACAGGCUGGUUGACUUCUAUGCUGAGUAUCCAACAUACCAGGGACGCCUGCUUGUCCAACGAUUUCCCGCAAGUGGCGCAUUGGCGUUGCCAGAUGAUGCGACGGCAUUUCCGCAUCGUGAGGCAAAGAUCCAAGUGAACAUGGAAGGAUGGUACACAAAUAGAAGCCUCGACACCCCCGUCAGCGACUUUCUCCGCAAUGAACGAACGAGAUUUCAGGAAACCAGUGGGUUCCCCGAGUUAUCCGUGUAUGCCGGCUAUGCCCAUGGAGAUGAGGGCCCUGCUGCUUGGUACUCCAGUCGCAAGCUUAAACGGCUUGUGGCAUUGAAGAAUCGUUGGGAUCCCAAAGAUCUGUUCAGCUGGAAUAAUCCGAUACCUAAUCACUAG